CGCAGCACAUGCAGUUCCGCAUUCGUUCGCCACCGUCCCGAGUCGCGCGUUCCAUCCAUCGAUAAUUGUGGUGAAAAAAAAAGUGGCCGUCGUUUUUACCAUGUCCGAUUACACGCCGAUAGCAUUCCAGGGCUUGUUCGGAGCAUUCUGGCGACCCUUCCUGGUUAACUUAACGCGUUACGCUCUUCGGAAGAAGUUUCGAUUCUAACAAGAAGAAUCCCCUGCCUCCUGAACGAAGAACACCAAUAGACGUUCGGUGAUUCUGACAGAAUUCCAAUCGAAGGCAGCCCGGGGGGAAAAGGCAACGGAAAAAUGGAUUCUCACGAUGGCAACGCGAGGUCCACCCGUCGUGAUCCGUGGCUAGAUCUACGUGGGACGCCACGAGCCAUAAUCAUGCCAGGCUCGAAGCGGAAUGUCCGUCGGUUCGGGAGGACGGGCACCGUUUAAACGGGCGACAGCCACCACUGUGCCGAUCACGGAUAAGUCCACGAAAACACGAUCCAAGCCGGAAUCAAGGUCGGCGUCCGGAACAGGAAAAAAAAGAGACGCGUUCGCGUCGCUUUUCAGCCCGAAAAGGCCAGCGAGCAGAAAAGUCGAACGUUCUAGUGGCGGACACGAGGCGAAGCUAAAAGAGCGGUUAAUAGGACAACAAAACCAACAGCAGUCGCAGCAACAGCCGACGCAGCCGCAGCAGCAACAACAGCAGCAACAAAUUCCGCUGCGUCAGGCGCCCAGCGCCUCCUCGCUCGAGGCGAAAAACGAAAAUCCUCCGGUGGGGAACUGGGGCUCCCUCGGUAAGGAAGGAGGCAAAGGCAACGCGAAGGGAAACUACAAUACCAAGGGACCCGCGAAGGGUUCCAGGAUGCAGGAGCUCGAGCGUGAAAUCGAAGUGUUACGCAAGGAACGUGCUCGGCUCGAGUCCAAUCUGCGUGAGACGUCCUGCGACGCUCAGAAUCUUCACGAGUUACGCGCCGAGCUCGCCUCUCUCAAGGAGCAGCAUAGCUUGGAGUUAGACCGUCUCACUGAGGAGAACGAAGCUCUUCGUGCUAGACUUAGGGACGUAGCACAUUCUCCAUUGUCAGAUUCAGAGAAGCAGCAGCUACUUCUGGAUGCAUCAAGAUUACACAAUUCUGCACCAGCAUCAAUAGCAAUCCCUCAAGAUGAAGGUUCUACGCCUGUCUCUACUGUACCCCAGGACAGUGCUCAGUGCAUCACCCCAGAUUGGGACAAACAUUCUUCCAGUUCUGUAUCAGAAGUUUCUGUUGCAUGUCUGCAGGAUAGAAUUUUGCAAAUGGAAGAAACGCAUUAUUCAACAAACGAAGAGCUACAGGCAACAAUACAAGAAUUAAGCGAUCUACAAGCACAGCUUACAGAACUACAGGCUGACAAUGAAAGGUUAACAGAAGAGAAAGAUGUACUUCUGGAGUCACUGUGUAGGCAAACUGAGAAGCUUGAAGAUUCACGUUCCAAGGUCGAUACGUUACAAGGUUUGCUGUUAAGAGAGGAACAACCACAGGAAUCUUCUAAAGGAUACAACACAGAGAGAGAGCAAAAAUUAGUAGAUCUUUUAAAAAGUGCGCAAGAGGAACGAGAAUCUUUGCUACAGAAACAGGAGGAAUUAACGUCCGAGCUGAAAGGUUUGCGAGCGGCAGCCGAGGUCAGCGCUGCAGAAACUGAACGGUUGACGAAAUGUGUACACCUGCUUGAAUCGACGGUGGACGCGACGAACAUUGAACGAAAACAGCUAGAUAUGGAAUUGGCAGAGGCCAGGCAAGAGGGUGCAAAUCGAAGCAUAGAAAUUAGCAGGCUAGCCACGUUACUGGAAAAUGCACGGGCCAAAAUCGAAGAGCUGGAACAGUCGCGUCAGGUGGAAAGCAAAAGCGAAGCGGAUGAAUUGUUGGAUGCAGCCAGGAGAGAGAAAGACACGCUAGAAACGCAAGCGGCAGCUCUGCAGGAGCAGUUGGCGCGCUCGCAUUGCGAUCAUGAUCGUCUUAGGGAUCAAUACUCGCAGCUUCAAGAAGAAUAUAAAGUAGCACGCAAUAAUGCAAAAUCGGCUAUCGACGAUUUGGAGUACAGAUUAAAUCAGUUGAAAGACGAACGAUUAUCGGUGAGCACAGAGCUUCAACUCGUACGGGACUCCUUGACGGAAUUGCAGACGCAGUGUCAGAGGCAUUUGGAAGACAAGAGGGAACUGAAAGCUGCGUUAAACGAAGCGCAACGAAGAGAACGCGACGCUCAGGCGCGCCAGUAUGAGUUGGAACGCGCUUUGGCAGAGGAACAAAAACUGAGACAAGAGGAGGUCGCUGAAUGGGAACAAUUUCAAACAGACUUACUAAUGACCGUGCGAGUCGCGAAUGACUUUAAAACGGAAGCCCAGAGCGAGCUGGAGCGCGUCGUUAUGGAAAACAAGACGCAGCGCGAUAAGCUCAGAGCGCUAGAAGCGCAGCUUGAUAAGCUCAAUAAGGGCAGCACUCCAGUCCCCCAAUGUAAGACAUUCGGUAACACGAUUGGAUUUAGUCGCAAACCUGCGAGCAAUAUAUUGAAACGCGGCCGUACUAUCAUAAAGAGGCGGCACGAAUCCAAGAAAGGCGCAUCACGGACUAAUAUGGUGAAAACAAUGACCGAACCGGAUCCGUUUAAAACAGAGAAUGUAAAGUGUCUACCCUUGAAUGAUGACGGUGAUUCAAUCAUAUCGGAAGAGCUAAAUUUAACGCUUCCGCGUGAAGACACGGAAUCAGGUGAUGAUAAUAAUGAGUUGUGUUCCAAGGAACCUAUUAAAUUAGAUGAGAAGCUGAUUUCUGGCGAAGAAGUCGAGUUUUGCCCUACUUUUGGUUCGGACGCGUUAGAUUUAGACAAGGCAAUCGAUGUGUCCACGUUGAACGUUGACAUGUUUGAAUUAAAUGAUGUUGCUUCUGCAAAUCCACGCAUACUGCAAAAGCAAUUAUCGAUAGAAUCGGAUCAUAUAGACGAGAAAUCAUUAAAUAAAGAGAUCUGUAAUCAUAAAAUCAUAGAUUCAAAUGAAAUGCUUGAGUUAACGGAAAAUUAUCGAAAAUUGUACAUCCCAAAUGUUUCCGCUUCCGAGGAAAGUCUAGUUGCAAAAUUGUCUUUGUUAAAAGACAUAAAAGGUAUUCAAAGCAUUGGAGAGGAUUCAGUUGGUAUAAAUAUCUCAAACAGUCGAUUUUACGUUCCUAAAAAUUAUUUAUUCCCCGGCGUAGAAAAUUCGAUGAAUGAUCUAAAGUUUGAAGUGGAUCCGGGAAUGAGAAAAGUGUUGCAAGAAUGUGCCCAAGCGAAUAGUAAUGCAGAAUGUUCACCAAGUAUCACGCAAGAAUCUCAGAAUGAACCAAAAUCGGAAGGGGAUAAAGAGAACUUGUCCAACGAAUUAAAUGUAACUUCAAAAUUAGGGAAUGAGCAUAACAACGAUUAUUUUCUCACAAAAAAACGUAGAUUAUUUUUGAAGAAGAAUGAAUCCAGAUCGGGUAGUGAAAUCGUCAACUCCCUUUUAGACAAUACCAUUCAUAACCGAAAUGUUUACAGUUCCACUUUAAGAAAUAAAAGCUUUUCUACUUCUUUGGAUAAUAUUAACUUUAAUAUAACCACUCAUUCUAUCGAUAUUCACGAUAAAUCAAAAAGCAAAGAGCCAUUGACCGAUGAUUGUGAUAAUAAUGAAGGAAGUGCCAUAGAAUAUAGAGAUAAAAAUGACCCUGUAUUUUCAAGACCACAGAGCGUUCCAACCGAGUCUUGUUUAUACAAACAAUCGGAAGAUUUAAAUGUAAAAAAGACAAACACAGAAAAUACUAGAAAAGAAAUGAACGAAAGGAGUGCAGCUACAUACACGGAGAAACAUAGUACGUAUCCAAUUCUAUCUUCUUUGGAAAAUUUGCCUGAAUCUACAAUCGAUACUUCAUUGGCGUCGAUGGCUUCACGAUUUACGUCAAAAGAGCCUGUAAAUUCGAGCUCGAAGAAAAGUAUUCGAUCAUCGGACUCAUUAAACUCGUUUGUUUUAACGCAAAGAACGUCUAAUGGACCUUCGAAAUUCGAUAACAAAUUGCAGGGGUCAAACAGGAAUUUGACCCUUUGCGAAGCGAAUCGUCUGAAGCGUAUGAAAUUCUUGAACAUGAAUUUAUCUCAGUCUGAAAUAAAUACAGAUGAACUGCCCGCGAUAAAUGGUUCCGUUGUCACAGACCAAAAGAGGCCGCCGAAGAAUGAAAUUAGAAUCGUGAACUCAGAUUCUAAGAUCGAUCAGAACGUUAGCGACUCCAUGUUCGUAUGCAAGGAUAAAGCACUGAUAGGGAGGACAUCGUCUUUAAGAGAGAAAUUUGAAACGAUCGUAGAAGACGUGGAACUAAGACCAGGCCGACAAAUAGGUACAAUACGCGACCCGAAUCAGAAGGUGAUACAGCAACCGCCGCAAAGGCCUGCGAGCACUCCGACUGAUACUCAGCAGUGUGUGUUAACCAGUGUACAACAAGAAAUUGCCGCACGCCGUAAAGCUAAUAUUUCUCGUCAAGAUUCGAGACUCUCCGUAAAAUGUCUGAUAGAGAGCAUAGAAAAUGCCACUAAACAAGCAAAAGCGGGACCCGGAAGUCGUAGCAGUUCCACGUCCUCCCUUAAUUCCAUUGGAACGAACGACAUAAUGACAUUAAAGGCUCCGCUCAGGGAUCAACAGCAGAUCAAUAACUUGAUCUGCACGGCGAAUUCGACAAAUAACAAUAAAACUCAAGCUGCGAUAGCCAGAAAGCCGUUGUCAGAAACAAAGUCAACACCUGUGGUGUUGAGCCCAGGUGAGCUGCUGGACUCGGCCGCUCUGAAUGCCAAGGCGAUCGACUUUGUACGUCGCAACAGCGUGACAGACUUGUCAGAACGCAAAGAUCCUCUUUGCGGUCUGAUCAAGAACGGGGGCUCGAAACGAAACGCUUUGCUCAAAUGGUGUCAGAACAAAACGUUAGGCUACCGGAAUAUCGACAUAACGAAUUUCAGUAGCUCCUGGAAUGACGGUUUGGCGCUUUGCGCCAUCCUUCAUUCCUACCUACCACACAAGGUACCCUACGACACGUUAACGCCGGUGGAGAAGCGAAGAAAUUUUUCUAUUGCUUUCUCCGCCGCUGAGAGCGUUGGAAUACCUACCACACUGAACAUAGGUGAAAUGUGUCAAUUAGAACGACCUGAUUGGCAACAAGUCAUGACAUACGUGACCAGUAUUUACAAACAUUUUGAAACGUAAUUUUGGUUCAGUGUCCUCGUAUCAUCGAGGGAGGCUCUCCCCACUGAAUGCCCUUAAAACUUUUCGCGAGAGUGAAUAAGAACAAGAUCAUCUAGUCAACCAAAUUCUAUAAGACAAAAUUUCGCAAGGACUAUUUCGUGGAUUUCCAAGGAUCGCUGGAUCAGCUUUGCCUGCACCUAACCGCUUGUACAUGAUCGCGAGUGUUUCGAAGUACCCAGAAUUCGAUGGAAGACUAAACACCAAAUGGAAUUGCUUUUCACUAUGAGACUGAAUGUUUAUAUACACAUGCAUAUAUAGGAAGAACGCGGGGAUAAAGAACUGCAGGCAAGUGGCUAAUAGAUACCGCUGCCUUCUCUAUUAACACGGAAAAAAGUAAACGCGAAUAUAUAUAUGUAUACGUGAAUUACGAAGUCCUUUGUGUGUGAAUAUGUAUGCUUCAGUGCCUCCUUGGCAAAGCCAACGUAUUAUUACUGUACAAGAGAGAUUUUUUACAUCGUGGUCUUGCAUCUUUGUAACAAAUCAAGUGUCGAAUAUUUCCGUUCCUCGUACUGAGUAUUUUUGUACUUGUAUUAUUUUUCGAGAAACUUUUGUAAAGUUUACGAAUAAUGUACAGAACGAAGCGCCUUAAUUUAAAAUACCUAAUUUAUUGUAUUAGUCAUGAUUAGUACACUACGAAGCCGAGCAGCAAAUUAUAUUAGAGAACGUCGUUUAAGUUCUGCAUUUUGAGAUAGUGAGGAACGAACGAAUAAGGAUUAAGUUCUCUGUGAUAUAGCGAAAUAGCCCCAAAACAGAGAUGAAAACGUUGUCGUUAUUGCUCUUAUUAUUAUUACGAUUAUUAUUAGAAUUAUUACUACUAUUAUUAUCAUCCUCAUCGUCAUUGUUGUACCAUUGUAGACAAUACGC